CAAUAAUAUUGUAUAACAUAUUUUUGCAAACAAUAAACAUUAUAAAGAUGUAUUUCGAUAUAUGAUUCUAUGACGGUUCAACCUUAGAUCCAUUGUCUUUGAGGAAAGUAAAGAUGAAGAUUUGGGUGUGUUGUUGAAUUGAAAGAAGCUCCAAUCUGUGUGAAUCUACAAAUCGCGAAAACGAAAGAAUGGUGGAAAACGACAGCGUAACGGAGAAGAAACCGAGAAUUCGUCCAAUCGUGCGUUUAGGGUUUUUUCUAAUAUCUCACAGUAACUAUGUCAGCUUGCUUUGUUUCUUAUCUGGAAUCGUUGCUCUUCUUCUCCUUCCUAUACUUGCUAACAAUACUUACAUUUCCGAGAAUGCCCUUAUGCCUGGUUCUGCUAACAGCAUGCUCUCUACUCAACAUGUUUCCCAUGCUAACAAAUUCAUCAAUGACCUCACUCAUUCCGACAUUGAAAGUCAUAAAACUGUUGCACAAUAUAUGUCAGCCUUGGAUGCUGAGGUUACUUAUCACAAGUUCUACCCUCAACUGAAUCAGUUUCAUCCAUUGCACUUUUUCACCAGUUCCGAUUCAGGUAUAAUCUCAAAAAACAUAAGUUGUUCAUCACUUGGAAUCAACGUUGCUGGAAUCAUUAGAGCACCAAGGGGUGAUGGCAAGGAAGCUAUUGUCUUGGUAACGCCAUACAAUCCAAAGAAAGUUGGUCCAGGAGAGGCUUUAUCUUUGGGCAUUGCUUACUCGGUGUUCUCACUUCUUUCACGGGUUACUUGGCUGGCAAAGGAUGUCAUAUGGCUUGUGGCUGAUUCACAAUAUGGAGAAUAUUCUGCCGUGUCCGCUUGGCUUAGAGAAUAUCAGGCCCCUGUAUUCCAUGAAGCUGAAAUAGUUAAUAGUGAAACAUGCAAUGACAGUAUUGCUAUUAGUGAACUUGGACAGAAUCCUUAUUCUGAUAGAAAUUCAUAUGGUGGUUUUAGACGUGCUGGAACUAUGGCUGCAGCUCUUGUAAUAAAAGUUGACGAGCAAGGUAACCAUCAUGAAGACAGUCUUAAUAUCUACCCCGAGGCGUCGAAUGGGCAGAUGCCAAACCUCGACCUCAUCAACAUUGUAAAUUAUUUGGGAGUGCACAAAACAGGUUUCCGGAUAAAAGUGAAGAAGAUGUUUUCUCUACUUGGCUCCAGGUGGCUUAAUACUUUGGGUGGUAUAUUUGAAUCUCUGGGACAAAUUGCUCGAAGCUUAAAUCCUCAAUGGAAAUUUGGUAUUUCUGCUACUGAGUAUGUUGAGGGCGCUGCUACACUGGCAAGUUCAAUGUAUUCCCAGGGUUUGGGUGUUCCCACUGGUUCUCAUGGUGCCUUCCGUGAUUAUCAAGUUGAUGCAAUCACUCUGAAAAUUUCACCAAAAGAUUCUCCUACUAAAAUGAUCAGGCGUAAUGAUUUCAUUCUCCGUGGUGGAAGGUUGAUUGAAGGAGUCAUUCGCUCAAUAAACAACCUUCUGGAAAAGUUCCAUCAGUCAUUCUUUUUGUACCUCUUGUCAUCUUCUAGUAAGUAUGUGUCUGUGGGAGUUUACAUGAUUCCAUUUGCGUUACUGGUUGCACCACUUCCGAUAGUUGCGGCAUCUCUCCAUGCUGAUGCAAGCAAAUCCACUCUGCAAUCCACAUAUUCCUCUGAAGUUGAAGUCAGCCACAAAUCUUGGAAAUGGCUGAACUCGGCCAGAAAGGUUUUGGUCAUUCAUUUAUGGGGUGCUGUUGUCUCCUUACUCCCAUAUUUCCUAUAUCAAAUACCUAAUUCUACCCCAACAACAAACUUUACUGUGUGGGGUAUACUAUCAGCUUUUAGUCUCAUAAUUUUGUACUUCAUUUUGGGUUCUCCAAUUUUCGAAGCUGCUCCAUCUCAACCUGAGAAAGGCGAAUGGGCUAGCUUGAAGUCUGUAACAAUAUCAACCGCUUUCAUUGGUUUAUCUCUCAUGUCAGUCAUUAACUUUGCUACAGCUGAAAUCGGAGCUUUACUCAUUGUCCCGAUUUGUCUGAUGGCUCGACCGUUGAAGCUUGACGCUCAAGCCAGGAGCUGGAGAGCCUUACUGAGGGCCACUUGUAAUCUUGCUUUAGGUUUUAUUGCGUUUCCUCCAGUAGCAUAUUUUUUAGUGAAAGGUGCAUUUGAAGAUUUUAAUGGUACUAAUGUUGGUGAUUAUUGGAACUGGGUGGAAUCCCUUUGGACAUGGAACAGUGCUACUUACCUCUAUGUAGGUAUUGUUCACCUACCAUGCUGGGCACUUUGCAUUCAUAUUUUAUUUCAUCCUUGUUGACAUGUAAUUUUAGUUAGUUGGACAAUUAAUUUUAAUUCUUGAUGUUUAUGUCCUCUUUAAAUCAUAUUGUUAUUUUCUUCACUAAA